AUGAAGGCACGAAACGCACAGACCACCUCUUUGCGAAAAUGGCAAGCGCGGGCAGGUGACUUCGCGUCACACCUCGCCAACGCUAGCACCGAUUCAUACUCCACUUUGUCCGUACAACCCGCCCACCUCACGUCGAGCAUGACAGACACUCCGAAAGACGCGCCGCCGCUAAAAAAGCGAUCGCUUUUCAAGCGGGCUGCGUGGCAGGACUCGCCCACGAAUGACGAGGAUAUUUUUAGCCACUCCAAGGACUUCAAGCACAUUGUCGCUCAGCAGAAAAGAUAUGAAGCCGAGAAGAAGGAAGCCGAGAGGAAGAAGAAGGCCGAAGAGGGCCGGGAGCGAAAGCGGAAACUCGCAGCCACAGGCGACCGAAAGCGGAGCAAGGUGUCCCGCGACAACGAGAGCGUGCUGGCGGGCAUAAACCUACGGGACUCCUCACCCGCACCCGCACCCUCACGUCCCCCGCCCGACUCGCUGUCCACCCGAUACGACAAUCUCGCCAAAGCCGCACCCUCCAGUCGAGCCACACGCAGUACGCCCUCUGUUGUUGUCGACAUAAGUGACUCCGACGACGAUUUCCCGGAGCCUUCAGAUCCAGGGCUCGCCGCAAUAGCCGCCCGCGCCCGCGCACGUAUCGCCGAGAAAGCAAGAAUAGCUGCCCUGGUCGCAGCCGGCGAGGAGGUCACGAAAGCCCCGAUCGUACAGCUGUUGAUACAACCCGAGAUACCCAACACCAGGCCACUAGUAGUCAAGGUGCGCACUGAUCACACGCUCGAGAAGACUCGCUUGGCAUGGUGCGAAAAGCAGGGCUUCAGUCCGGCGCAGACACAAGCCGUGUUCUUUACAUCGAAAGGGAAACGCAUGUUCGACAGCACCACCGUCCAACGACUAGGCCUACAAAUCGACGAGUGGGGCAAUGUCGAGAUCGAAGGCGACCUCAAUGUGUACAACAACGACAAUCCCGCGAAAGUCUACGUACAAGCAUGGACCGAUGAGCUCUUCAAGAAGCACCAAGAGGAGGAGGCUGCUGCUGCCACCGCGAAACAGAAGGCGGCUGAGCUAGCGCUCCUGCCACCGCGGACCCCAACGCCAGAACCUGUCAAGAAGUGGAAACUUAUCUUGAAAGCAAAGGGCAAGGAGGAUUGGGGCAUCACUGUCAAGCCGGAUUCAACCUUUGCUCACAUUGCACAUGCGUACAAAAAAGCGAGAAACAUCGACGAAUCACAACCUGUCACGCUCAUAUUCGAUGGCGAGCGUCUCGUGCCAAUGGAUGUCAUUGCUGACUCCGAUCUCGAGGACAUGGACUCGAUUGAUGUCGUCUUCAGGUAA